UGCCUUCCUCGAUAGAACAUUUCAAUCUCUCUUUCUCUCUCUCUUUCUCUCUUUGUGAUGAUGAUGAAGGUCGAAUCAAUUGCUAGGGUUACCAGGGAUCAUCUCAUCUGUUCUCUUCGGUUGUGUAUCUGAAAUCAAAGCGGCCGUAACACCAUGUGCAGUACCCCAUACGACGACGUGGUGGCGCCGCCCUGUUUCAACCACAACAAUGGCGUCUCUCACCCUUGGCAUCCUCCCUAAGCUUCUCCAAAAUCUUAGCAACACUGUUGUCAGAGGGUAUUGAAAAGAAAGUAGGUGUGAAAGGAGAGAUUGAGGGUUCGAAGAGUCUUCGAUCUUCGGAGCCAUUGAUUAGCCCCCAAUCACAUUGUGGGUCGAAUACAAAACCUGAUUUGGGGGUUUUUGAGAAGGUCUCUGUAAAAAAAGGAAUAUUUUAUGGAUGGGUUUCAUGAGUUUAAGAUCGUAGAGAGAUGGGUUAGAGAGAGAACGUUCUCUUUCGUUGCAGAAGUAGCAAUCUUCGAGAGUCACAACAACAAUGGCCGCAAUGGCUGCUCUUCAGAGCUCUUUCACUUCUUUUUCUCUCUCCUCAAAUUCCUUCUUGGGCCAACGCAUCUUUUGUUUCUUUUUAGCUUUUAAACCCAUAUUCUCAAGGAACUUGAAUUAGCCAUAUUAAUUUAAUUUCAAUUUUUUGUUGAUAAUACCAGAUGGGUUUCUCACAAUUUGGAGUAAUUGUUCUUUACCUGGUCAUAUAUCAAUUAUUAACCCUCAAGUACUUUUGGCUUCAGUGUUUAAUUUGAACUUUUUGUUGUUAAAAAUGGGUUUAUCGUACAGAAACUGAUAUGAGGCAAUUGAAUUUGGUCUGCCAUUCUCUCUCUCAAUCUAGGUUUAUUUCCUAGUUGCAUUAGAUAGUAACACUUGUUCUAUAAGACUAUUAUACUGUCUUCAUACUUGUAUUGCUUUGAUAAACUUGUGCACUUUUAUUAUCUUUAAUUGAGUUCUAAUUGCUUGCAUUCAGGAAUGUGGAAUCAUCAGACUGUUAAGCCACUGUAACCACUGUUUUGUAGUUACCAUCACAAAUGUACUUACUUUGGAAAUAUAGGUCUCAUGAUCCUUGCAUGGACUUAAGUGUUUUUAUUAUUUUCUAUUUGAAAUAUCAGGAACUCAAAAUGGAGGUGUUUUAGAUUCUCAACCCUUUAUUUUUGUCUUCUUAGUAACAUUGAAGCACUGACUUUUCGACACUGAUCAUAUGUUUUGAAUAAUAGUUGCAAUUAAAUUUGUUCUUGCGUUGCAGGAGUGGGCAUACUUUCUUAACAAAGGGUCUAAAGUGAAUAUUUCAUACAAUGCCAAAUCCCCAAGUUCUGCCCCUUUGUCCCUUGUAAUAUCCCAAGGUAGAGAAAGCCUUGUUGAGUGGAUAGAAGACCCAUUGAAAUUUUGUGGUCUAAAUUGUAUUAUAUUGCUGUGGGAAAUUUGAACUCUGAGGAGGUGGAGGUUCAACUGAACUUCACAAUAAAGGGUUUUCUUGUAAUACAACCUAGGCAUAUUACAAGUGCUCUCUGAGUCAUCGUAUAUGUAGUUUGAUGCAUUUUCUUCUAAGGGCAAAUGCUGCUGUGUUAACUUCUCCGGUCACAGAACAGGUAAAGAAUGUCGUGAUGUCAAUUUGUUUUUUUAACUUAACAAUGUAUUUUUUAAAGAGCUACCCUUGAAAUUUGUUCGUAUAUGAAUUUUCUACAAUAUUUAUUAGCGAGGUUAAAAUUUCAAGAUGCCUUAACUUUGAAUUAUAUGAGCAUUUGCACUGUUUUAUCAAAAGGUGUUUGGAGAUGAUGUAUAAAAUAAGUUAUUAACUGGAAGAAUCUAUGAUAAUCAUUACUAAUGAUUUUGCUUGCUUUAGUCGUUGUUGGGGCAUGAAUCGACAUCUAGAGUCCUUUUUAGUUCUUCUCUGUAUUCUCUUACUCAGAAAAUAUAUAUAUAUAUAUAUAUAUUCUCUAUAUUUAGCUAUACAUCUCAAAGAGUCAAAGACCAAUUAUAAAUAGUAUAAAUGGAUCAGUUGCAGAUUUGAUUCAUGAAGAUUUCGAUUUUUCAUUUAUGAAUUUAAACUCGUCGUGUUUCUCUUAGGGUGUACCAUAUAAAGAAUGGUUUGGAAUCCUUACAGCUUCAUCCUUGGUUGCUCAUUUCUUACUUUCAUUUUAAUUACUAGAUUCCUGGUAAGUAACAACCAUAAUUGGCAAUUUCAUUUUUGUUGUUUUAUUUUUUAUUUAUUCAUUUAUUUUUUCACAUAAAAACAAAAAUAACCAAGAUCAAACAUAGGUGGUGGUCUAUAGAAUUUCUUUGUCUACCGCAAUUCUAGUGUAUACUUACUUUGUGAUUCUGUGAUCUGGGUAAAAGGAAAGAGAAAACAAGAAAAUAUCUAUUUUAUUGAUUUUCUGAAUGAAUCAACAUUAUAUAGAGAAGAUAGUAUAUAUACAAGAGUGAUUUACUUAACCUAACCAUAACUGUCUAACUAAACUAUAGUUAAACUCUAACAAACUAACUACCUAGCCUUGAUAAUACACACGUGACUAUUGGAGCUAUUGCUCUGAAGCUGCUGAGUUGCUAUGGCUGCUACUCUGCUUUGGAGAUGCUGGAGCUGCUGUGAUUAUUGUUGUGCUGUGGCUGUGGCUAUGGCUGUGGCUGUGCUGUUGUGGAGUUGCUGGAGCUCCAGCUGCUGCUCUGUUGGAGCUGUUGUGUUGUGGCUGUGGCUAAGCUGCUUCUUUAUCAAAAGGGACAAGAAACUCUUUUGGUUGCUGGCCAUUGCACCAUUGAUGUCUGUGAUUUUAUCUACUAUUAUCGUUUUCCUGACAAGAGCCGAUAAAUAUGGAGUUAAAAUAGUGAAACACAUCAACGGAGGGCUGAAUCCAAUCUUAGUCCAUCAGUUGCAAUUCAACAACCCAUAUGCUUCAGAAGUGACUAAAAUUGGACUGAUUGUUGCAGUUGUCGCUCUCAUGGAAGCCAUUGCGGUUGGUCUAUCUUUUGCAUCCAUAAAAGGAUACCAUCUUGAUGGAAACAAGGAAAUGUUGGCCAUGGGCUUCAUGAACAUUGUAGGAUCUUUAACUUCAUGCUAUGCUGCCACUGACAAGAAAUGCAAUAGGGUUAGUUGCUUCAACUAUUGUUGCAGAUUUAGGUGCCUUAACACGUACAUUGGGCACCCUCAUCGCUGUGAUAAGAGCAAGUGGAUUUGCUACAACUGCAGCUGCAGUUGCAACUGCUAUAGGAACUGUUGUCGGUAGUUUUAGAUAAUCUCUUAAUAAUUGUCGAUAUGUUUAGAAAGUUAAAUAUGCAUAGUUUUGGAUGGUUUAAAUUUUUUGUACAAUUUAGAACUUAAGGAUGUAGUUUUCGGAUGUUUGGAAUGUAUAGAUAAUUGUUGAAUGUUUAUAAUUUAUGGAUAUAGUUUCUUUUUGAUGUUUCAAACAA